UGGCCUCGCAUCUCCCCCUGCGAUGUUUUCACGCUGCCUAAUGGAGAAUAUUUCGCGUGAUGUCUUGGCGUGGGGAGGGGGAUACAAAGUUUCCUCCAAGUUAAAAGAUGAUGGAGACGCGGGGGUCACAUUGUUGCUUUUGGCUUCGUGUUUACUCUCGACAGGUCCUCUGCUUCCAACUUUCUGCGCCGCUCCAACAUUUCCAGGACGCAGCACAGUUUUUAUAAACACGGCAAGCAACGAGGAGCCAUAUUUGUAACUUUUCGUCUGCGAAACCCCGUUUCCUCUCCAAUACCCAACGCUGUUCUCAUUUGCUGACUGUUUUAUGGGCUAUCUGCGGGUCUCGCCGGUAAACUCGUCCACCUAAUAUUUUAAGUCGUGCACUUGGCGGGUUGCGGAUGCGCAUACUGGAAGUCAUGAAAUGAUCAAACGAUGCAUACAGAUCAUAACCUGUAGAAACCGUACCUGAAGCCGUCCAGGUGAAAUGGGUUAUUUCGGCAUGGAGUGCAUUGAAACGUUAAGCAGCUUGUAAUGGGGGAGGCUGCACGGUUUGCAUGCAGCCUCCCCCAAAGCCUCCACGGUUCGUACAGAUGGCCGGAAUAACACGCUUUCGGUACGGACCGUCAACAACCGCUCAGGCUGGGCGAACACAAGUCAAAGAGCUUGUGCUGGACAACUGUCGCUCAAACGAAGGCAAGAUCGAGGGUCUAACGGAUGAGUUUGAGGAGCUGGAAUUCCUAAGCACAAUCAAUGUCGGUCUGACAACAGUUGCUCACCUGCCGAAGCUAAAGAAACUCAAAAAGCUUGAACUCAGCGACAACCGGAUCUCAGGAGGGUUAGAAGUUCUGGCGGAUAAAUGUCCGAACCUCACGCAUCUGAAUCUCAGCGGGAACAAGAUAAAAGAUCUUAGCACAAUAGAACCGUUGAAAGAAUUGGGGUCCCUGAAAAGCCUCGAUCUGUUCAACUGUGAAGUAACAAAUCUGAACGAGUACAGAGACAACGUGUUCAAGCUCUUACCACAGCUCACGUACCUAGACGGCUACGACAAAGAAGACAAAGAGGCCCCCGACUCCGAUGCCGAGGUCUACGCCGAGGGCUUAGAUGAUGAAGACGAAGAUGAAGACGAUGAGGAAGAGUACGAUGAGGAUGCCCCACCUGGCGACGAGGAAGACGAAGAAGGAGAGGAUGAUGAAGAGGAAAAUGAAGAAGAGGAGGAAGAGGACCUGAGUGGGGAGGAGGAAGAAGAGGAAGACUUGAAUGACAGAGAGGUUGAUGAUGAAGAUGAAGAAGAAGAAGAGCGAGGUCAAAAGAGAAAACGGAGCCUGGAUGAAGAAGGGGAGGAAGACGAAGACGACUGAGAGUCCUGCGUAAGCCUAGUUGUGAACUGUUUUAAACUUGUUUCUCCCGGUCACUUCCCUACAAACCCAAAUACCCCCCUGCCCCUCCUCCCAGUUUCAUAUUGCAGUAGGAGUGUUUCUUUUGUUGAUUUUGUUUUUUAUUAUUAUUGGCCAGUCAGGUUGAUGGGACGGCUUCCUGCACCUCUAAUAAUCCCAUGUUCCAGUCUCAACAGUCCACUUUUACCUGCUUUGUGGACACCUGUUUUAUAAAAUUAAACAAUAGCAGAGAUUAAAAAAAAAAUCUUUUUUGAAAAGAAAAUCGUUUUGUUUUCUCACUGUUUAUGUAAGACAAGUUUCAGAUAACUUAUGCAUUUUAAAAGGCUUCCCCUUCGAAAACAAUAAUAAUAAUAAUAAAAAAAGAGUGCAUGUCUUAUACAUUUUAAAGUCAACUACUGGAUUUCAUGUAUGGCUGUCAUUUCCUUGUCUUAAAUGUAUUGUUUUGCAUCAUACUUUUGUUUUCUUUUAUGAUGCAAGUUAUGUAUUUGUAGUGUCACCGGUAAGCCAAUACUCUCUGCUGUCCUGGUGUGAACCUUUGUGUCUGAACGUGCACAGUGUGACCCUGGCAGGGCUUUUUUUAAAAGGAAAAAAAAAAACAAAAAAAAACAGCAAAUUAUGGCACCAACAUGUCUGCCUUUGUCAAAGCCGCUCCUCCUCCUGAAACCCUCAGCUUUGAUAGUUCGGAAAUUACGUGUUCUUGUAAAUAAUGACCAAAUCUAUUUUUUUGUAUUCUCUUUGAUGACGGCAGACAUUGGACAGACAACUGAGGUGAAACUAUGAAUUGUAAUAAGAUAUUAAAUAUGUAUGCUGCUUUAUCUAAAAUGCGCAGUGUGAAAUUUCUUGAUUUGAACUUUAUAUGCAUAAUCCUUCCAUGAGAAGACAAUGUUUGCCAUCAGAACUUAUUGUUUUUUCUUUUCCUCCCAUGUUUUUAUUUUUAUCCUCUUUUUUUUUUGGGACACAUGAAGGUGACCAUGUUUGAGCUGGUGGUGUUAGUGUAGAGAAGUAAUUGGAAGUUACAACUGCAGUGUAUGCGCAUUUAAAUAUGUUAUUUCAAAGUGUGAAAAAUUGGAACACAGUCAAUGAAUUGGACUUUGCUCUCAUAAAUUGCAACGGUCGAAUUGGCCCACCUCGGAAAUGUUUCGCUCUGAUAAAUCCAGCGUCAUCAUAAAAAUUUUGUUUCUCUUUUUCUCUCCCAUUCACUUCAAUAAAUCCUUUUUAUAUAA